GGCAGUGAUGUCCUUGGCUCUCUCAGACCUGCUGCACCAGAACACUCUACACUGCAGCUGCUGGGCUUGCUGCCUGCAUAUAUACACAAACACGUUUGGACGCUCCUGGUCCGCAGCACAGUAAGCAAUAUCUCUGAGCCUCGUUUGUGAACGCAAAGCUACGAAAAAUGAACUUCACUAUACGCGCUGCAAGAAAGGAUGACUGUAAGGACAUAUCUAGGAUGAUAAUGGAAUUGGCAAUUUAUGAAAAAAUGCCGGAUCAGGUGAAGAUCUCCCAUAAAGAGUUGGAGCGUGAUGGCUUUUCUUCCAAUUCGUUCUUCGAGUGCCUGGUUGCAGAAGUGCCUGAAGAGGAUAAGACUAAAGACGGGCACACCGUUGUUGGCUACGCCCUGUACUUUUACACAUACAGCACGUGGAAAGGACGGUCGGUAUUCAUGGAAGACCUGUAUGUGAUGCCUGAGUUCCGAGGAAAAGGCAUUGGAAAGGGUUUGAUGAGCAAAGUGGCUAAAGAGGGGAAGGGGAAGCAGUGUGCCAGACUGCAGCUGACCGUCCUGGACUGGAACACUCCAUCACUAGACUUCUAUGUUGCCAAAGGAGCUCAUGACCUGACCGCUAACGAAGGGUGGCAUUUCCUGCGAUUUGACGAGGAAGCUAUGGCCAACUUGGCCAAAGACGCUCCAUAAAUGCGAUACCUGCACUGGCUAAACUCCUUGUCGGACUUCAUAACUAAGCUGGUAGUAGUGAUCGACAAUAAUAUUGUUUUUAACUGUUGAAUACAAACUUUUAAUUGUAGCGUUCUCUCCAUGUCGACAAAAUUUAAUGUGUUUUUUUUUAACAGAAUAGUUAUUUUGUAUUGUAUUGUAUAUGUUGAUGAUUGUAAAUUUCGGGGCAAUUCUUACCA